CUGGUUUUGGGGUUUUGGGGGCAUGGCUAAAUUCAAAUGUGCUCCGUUUGUCUCAUUUCAGCUCCAGUGUGCGCACAGCUUCUGGAGGAACAAGAGCUCACACAGGGCAAUGCUGGAGGAAACAAACCGCCCCGCGCGCCGGACGCAAUGGAUAGUGAGCACCCUGGCUUACCACUACGGACUGGACCGGGGGGUGGAGAACGAGAUCAUAGUUCUGGCCACCGGCUUGGAUCAAUACCUGCAGGAGAUUUUCCAUCACAUGGACUACCAAGGCGCAGGAAAAGUCUCCGUGGAGGAUUUUAACAUCUUGUGUGAAGUUUUGGGGCUGAACAAAGAGGUGGAUACUGAAUGCAGUUUGGAGAGUUUACCCAGCGAGCUCACUUUCAGACACUUCCACGCCAAACUGUGCGGAUACUUCAGCACCAAGGCGGGGUGUCAGUAUGAAAACGGCCGGUUGUUGGUGGGGAAGGACAGCGAGCACAUCGAGACUCAGAUCCGCCUGAGGAGCCCUCUGAGGCGGCGGGAGAAGCUGCUGUCUGCCGGGCUGGGUGAAGCCUCGGAGGGUCGGCACGCCUCCGGCUGCAGGCUGGGAUCCUGCACCAAAGAGUGCUAUGAGGAGAUUGUGGCUCUGGAGGAAGCAGAAGACCGAGUAGUGAAGCUGGAGGAUGAGAAUGCGAGUUUGAGGGAGCUGAUCGAGGACAUGAGAGCCGCGUUACAGAGCAGCGAUGCCCGCUGUAUGGCCCUGCAGGUAGGACUAUGGAAGAGCCACUCCAAACAUAAACCAGAGGAAAGCUGCGUCGCUGCUCUCCAAACACAAGAAGCUCAGCACGGUUUGAGCAACAGCAACCUGAAGAGUCUGCAGAACAUCAUCCAGGAGAUCGAGCUGCUGCGAGGAUCCAGAGAGCGACAUGCAGAGGAGGCCAUGUUGAGUAACGAGAGACUGGAGCAGGAGCUGUGGAGCUCUAGAGAGACUGUGGCUGCUCUGGAGGACUGCAACCGAACCCUAAAGAGGGAGCAGGUGGGCAUGAGGAGGAAGGUGGAGGAGGCCAGGCAGGCGUUGCUCAACGGUCUGGGGAAGGUGAAGGAAUUGGAGGCCAAAGCCAAUCACGUUCCAGUUCUGCAGAGACACAUCCUGCAGCUGGAGUCAGAGCUCCUCUACUACAGGUCGGAGGUGUCAAAACUACAACUCCCAGGAUGCACCAGGGCAGAUCUGAGUGUUGGUGAAAGGCAGAACCAGAGAUGUUGUUCGGACUCCCAACACGACCGAUGUUCCCCGACAGGAAGAGCUGUGACGACCCCGGAUAAAAUGGAGGAACAGCUGUUUCGUUCUGUGGAAGGCCAGGCAGCGUCUGAUGAGGAAGACGAUAAAUGGACCGAGGAUCAGCAGAGGCAGGUGGACGAGGUGAAGAGGAUCCUGACCAAGCUGUCCUGCUGUGGGGAAAGGUGCGACGACAAGGCGUUGAAGAAGCUGAUGUCUCACUACGGCAGCUCCAGGAGCGAGGAGAGCUGCAGCGCUGUGCUGGAGCUGCUGGAGAGAGUGACCCGGCUGAACAAACAUCUGGAGCUGAAGGAGAGCUGCGCAGAGGUAGACAUGGAGCAGAUGAAGGACACUCUGGUGCAGGAGCUCCAGCAGAAGGCCGAGGAAACAGAGCUGCUGCAGGUGGAGCUUCAGAUGCUGGAAACUGAGAGGGUUCGUCUGUCUCUGGUGGAGGAGAAGCUGAUCGACAUCCUGCAGCUCCUCCAGCAGCUCAGAGACCUGAACGUCUCGCGGAGGUCUCUGGGGAAGAUCCUGCUCAGCACGCUGGGCUGCUGCAGCGACCCUCAGCACGGUAAAGCCCACAUCCUGGAGGUGCUGAACGCUCUCUACCAUGAGCUGGCUGCCUGUGAGAUCCUCUCUGCUGCUGGUCCUCUGGAGAGAACGCAGAGUCAGCAGUCUCUGAACACCCUGGUCAUCUCCUGCUGAACACCGCCUCCUGCUGGGCCAGUCAAGCUGUGUACAGUGUAUUAUAUUUUAGCAUUUAUACUCCUCAGAUCCUAUUAUCUAUAAAGGGAUUUUAGUUCUAGAUGCAUUAACUAGUAUAGCAAAGGGGCUUCAUUACAUAUUAACAUUCCAGUUGCCCUCAGGUCAAAUCUGACCCGUUUCUAAAUGGACUAUUUUAGCUUAUUGCCACAAAAACAACAUGGAGGAUUUCAUACUACGUUCUUUGUAAGAAAAAUGAAUGGUCACU